GCCAACAGACAUACAAGACUGAACGUCGAAGACCUCUGCUGGUGCAGGUGCUACGUCAAAUCGGCCCCAUUACGACCCCACAGCGCAGGAGCCCACCUAGACUGCGUGCAAGCUGUCAGGAUAGGCAAACUGAAGAAGAGGAAACAAGAGGAAUCUCAGGAGGGCCCUGCGGAGCUUGCGCCGUUAGAGGAUGAGUGGAACGACAGGAGAAAGAUACAGAUGACAUCUACACCGGCUGGAUUUAAAGGUGCAGGCCUGGGUCGCGGGGCGGCCCGGGAGUGUCGGGACAGCGAUGUGGACCUGGACGUGGAUGGAGACGACACGCUGGAGUACGGCAGAGCCCAAUACACGGAGACAGACAUCAUCCCAUGUUCAGGAGAGAGCUCUAAAGAGACAGCAGUCAACGGCCAUGAUUCCCGAGUCAAUUUAGAAUAUCCCAAGUGGCCAAAAGAAGAGGGCCCGUCCACCAGCAGUGAGAGUAACAAGGGAGAGGGCAGCCUGUCCGGUCUGCACCAAACUUGCCAAAACUCUGAGAUUGAGACGGUCACAGAGAAUUCUGCACUGACAACGCUAGACGCACUUAAAGCCCGGAUACGGGAUUUGGAGAAACAGCUGUCAAAAGGGGAUCGCUUCAAAUGCCUCAUCUGCAUGGACUCUUACACAACCCCUCUCACCUCCAUCCAGUGCUGGCACGUUCAUUGCGAAGAGUGUUGGCUUCGAACACUGGGAGCGAAGAAGUUGUGUCCCCAGUGCAACACCAUCACUUCCCCGGGGGACUUGAGGCGGGUCUACCUGUGAUCGCGUCUCUGCUCUGGCGAUUCUUUUUAACACUUUUUAGCCAAUCACCAGUGAACUGAAGGACAGCUGGUCUGUCCCAGUAUCUCCGUGUCAUGACCACUCUGGCGAUCCGCUCCCAUCAACCUGGUCUUCCGUUGGUCUAUGAGAGGAUGUGGACCCUCUCAAAUACAUACACACACACACACCACACACACACACACGCGCACACGCGCACACGCACACACACACACA